AUGUCUUGGUCAAAUCAAUCAAUUCAAUCAUAUUAUAGAGAUUUUUUACGUUGUGCAAGAUGUUCACAUGAUUUUGAAUAUGAAAAUCCAUUAUAUCAUCCAAUAACAUUACCUACAUGUCAUCAUACAAUGUGUAGAAAAUGUAUUAAUAUAAUACGUAAUGAAACAAAAUGUCCACAAGAUCAAAUUUCAUUUGAAAUAAAUCAUACACCAAUUGAUCAAUUACCAACAAAUUAUCCAUUACUAAUGAGUUUUUAUGAUUCAUCAAAAUUACCAAAGGAUAAAGAAACACGUCAUGGUCGAUGUGCAGCUUAUGUGAAACUUGAUAUAUGGAAACAAAAUGAUUUUCAUAUUAAUGGUAGACGAUGUUUAUUAAUAUUCAGUCGUUCAACGAUACGAAAAGUAUUUAACUUAUUAAAUAUUCAAGUUCUUGAUUGUAAAAAUCAUUUAAAAGUUCUUAAAGCAAUAAAUAAUCUUGCUGAACAUAUAUGUAUUUAUUUUAUUCUUCAUUAUCAAGAUCGUCAAAAAUUAAUCAAAAAUAUUUUAGUAAAUAUUGGUCUAAAAGAUCAUCAAUAUCUUCAACCAAAUAUGAUAGAAGAAAUUUUAAAAUCAAUAUUAUUACUUGUUCAACAACCGUCAAUAUUAUCACGUAAGCAUUUGGUACAUGCAGUUUUACAGAAAAUUAGUGGUAAUAAUUGGGCUGCAGAUAAAUUUAUUGUUGAAUGUGUUAUUGAUUUACGUUUUCGUGCAUCUUGUUUUGAAGAAAAACGACAUGACAAUUUGUCAUCUUUACAUGUUAAAGACGAAUAUAAAAUGUAUGAAAAUCUUCGUUAUGAAUUUGACAGCAUCUUUAUUGAAAUAAAUAUCAAAGCAGAAUUAAAUAUAUCACCAGAAGAGUGGUCGUCAUUAUUAUAUGGUCAUAUACAACAUGAAUCAAUAAUGGAAAUUAUCGUGAAGAAAUAUUUAACAUCAGAUUCAUAUGCUAAAUCAAUUAAAACACUUUCAAAAGCUUUAGAACACGUUGGUGUUGAGCAAACAUAUGUAUUAAAAUUUGAAGACAAUUUUAAUAUUUUACCAAAUAUUGGUUUAGCAAGUGGUAAUAAUGAAGAAAAUAAGCGUUCACCUUGGGUGCGAAUUGCGUUCGUAUUAAAGAGUUUUGAAGAAGAUUUAAAAUCUUUACCAUAUUUCCAUCAGCAACAAUUAGCAACAAAUGUUACGAAUGAUGGUCAAUCAAAUGAUUUAUUAUUAACUAAAGGUACAUCAUUAACAUUAUAUUAA